AUGUCUGCUCCCGCAGGACGGAGCCCGCGGCCCGCGGGGACUGCUCCAAGUCGGCGGCUGGGGAGGCUCCUGGGAAUGGAUUAUUCCUCUGGAGAUACCUCAUCAAAGUCCUUUUGGGUAGAGAAUAGUACUCAAUUGCUCCACCCAGCCUUCUACUUUGUCUCCAGCUUCAGUGCAGUACAAUGGCGACAACGGAAUCUUCACUUUCCCCAGAGGCCAUACAACACCAUUUUCGCGCAAAGGAGUUGCUUGAAUGCAAAGAACUUGGAGUACAAUACAACGCAACGAACAGAGGAGGCAAAGUUGAAAAACGCAUCUAAGAAAUGCUUGAGCAAUGGCGUCUGGUUCAGAGCAAAGGAGAGCGAAUACGAGUCUUGGACCAACUUCUCGCAAUGCUCAAGCAGCCCUCCCACCCUCGUACUCAGUGUGGACAAGUCAGUCAACGAAAGUUUCAUAGAGCCUUAUCUUCCAACAUUGAGGACUAUCUCGGAAGUGGGAUAUUCAAUCUCACUUAUAUCUUUGCUCAUAGCAUUUACCAUCCUUAUAAGUAUAAAGAAGCUGCGCUGCCCUCGGAAUGUGCUGCACAUGCACCUGUUUGCGUCGUUCAUCAUGCGCGCCUUCAUGUCGCUGCUCAAGGACUCCGUCUUCGUGCUGGGGCUGGCGACUGAAACGGACAUAAUGAAAAAAGGCGAAGACAUUUACUUCAACAGCGAGCAGGAAAGAAAUUGGUCAUGCAGAUUGAUAGUAUCUGUAUGGAAUUACUUCAUCAUGGCGAACUAUUCUUGGAUUCUAAUGGAAGGGCUGUACCUACACAAUCUCAUCUUCCUUGCGCUCUUCACUGACUCUAGCUCCAUUACGCUUUACAUCGCCCUCGGAUGGGGUCUUCCCCUUAUAUUCAUGUUACCGUGGACCAUAUGCAGAGCUUACUUGGAGAACGAUUUGUGCUGGACCAUCAACAAGAACACAAUUAUAUUUCUUCUCAUUCAAGGUCCUUUAACAGCCAUUGUUGUGGUGAAUUUUUUUAUCUUCAUCAAUAUUGCAAAAGUUUUAUUUCGUAAGUUGCAAUCUUCUGUCUGCGAAGAAACAAAAACGUACAGGCGCUGGGCCAAGUCGACGCUGGUGCUGAUUCCUCUCUUCGGAGUGCACUACAUGAUUCUUCAAGCUCUCCAGUACAGCAAAAGAAGCACGGUUGAGUUGAUUUGGCUCUUCUGUGACAGAAUAUUCACAUGUUUCAAUGGUUUCUUUGUCGCUCUUCUGUACUGCUUCCUGAACGGGGAAGUGAAAAACGAGUUGGCGAAGAAGUGGGAGCAUUUCUCUCUGCGAGAGCUGCUCAAGAGGUGGCAUUUGGCUGGACGGGGCAGUAUUUUCUCUUCCAUGCGGUUCGCGCGAAACGGCCGGCAUCGUCGGCCCCACGGGUCUGGCUGCUCCAGCGCGUCCUGCACGGCGGACUCGUACGUCCACAGCUGCCGGGACAAGAAGAGGACUCUCGCAGUCCACACUGCGCAUGCGCCGUGCAAGCGCGUCGCUCGCGAGGAGGCGUUUUUGAUUGAACACAAAGACGGCUCUCGGGUUGGAGGCGAUUCCUCCGAGUUCAAAAAUGGACUUUCAAGAACCCAAAGAGGCAAGCGAUGGUCAACAUCUGACUAUGACUCACAAAAGAAUGUCAUUGAAUUAAAAAGAAUGAUUUCUUUAGAUAACAUAGCAAAUGUGUGAACCAAACUUCAGAAAACAAAUUAUAUGUGAUUUUUUAAAACAGGGUACUUACAUAUAGUGUUAAUGAAGUGAAAAAAACUGUGUUCUUGUUUAUUUGUAAAACAUUUCAGUGAUUUUUAGAACAGAAAUUGAAAUGGAGAAUUGCAUUGAGUGUCUUGAUGCCAAUGUGAAGAAAGUGUUUAUUUUAGAUUAUGUGCCAAUUUUCUUAUUGAAUGUUGAUGAAGAAUAACUAGGUAUCAACUUUAUAUGAAUGAAAUGACUUUCCAAGAAAGCUUCCAAAAUAUGGAAGACUGUGGUGCUAAAUGAUUGAUCUAUAUAAGUGCUUCUGUGAUAUUCGUCCAGUAUUUAUUACUUCUUAUGUAAUGUACAAAUUGCUUCUUAAUUUAGCAGAUAAAUACUAACGUAGAAUUAAUUACAUCUCUCUUCACAAUGUAGAAUGCAAUAUGAUUUGCUCAAACAAGUCCAAAGAAUAUGCAGGAACAUUCCUGCAAAAAUUUUAAACUCUUGUGACCAUGACAUGAUAUUAUUCACAAUUUUUUGUAAAUGAUGUUAAAGUACCAAUAUUUCUACUGAGAAAUAAUUUGUUGUAUUAAAAUUUUAAAAUGAAUUGUUUAUUUUAUAUUUUAUAUAAUUUUUUUAAUGUUUAUUAAUUCUCUUUUGAAGAAAUUGGUAAUUGUUUUUUAUAGUGUAAAAGUUUUGCCAUAAAGUUCUGCA